AUGAAAAUCCAUCCUGUAUUUUAUGUUUCUCUUUUAAAACCUUACAAGACUCCUUUUCAAGAAUUCAACAGACCUAUACCACCAUCUGCAAUAAUUUUGCCAAAUACUGAACAAGAAGAAUAUGAA